AACGAACGAACCUAGGCUCUGUAUUUGUGUCGCAAUGUUUUCACGGGCACUGGAGGAAAUUCAAAAGACAAAUGAAUGAACGACGCUAACGACUGAACUGCAACAGCUACAGUCUCACAGAAAUGCAAGUAAAUGCCCAAUGCUGUGAUUGGCGAACUUCAUCGUGCCUUAUCCACGCUCUCCUCAAUGCCAUGCCUGACGUGUUUUGAUGCUGGAGAUGGCCAGCACUCUAUGUGGCCAGAGCCUAUAUGUGUUUGAGUCUGAGUCAGAUCCCAAGGCAGAAGAAAGUGAACCAUGAACCAGUGCAACCACAGUUGCAACAGUCUGCUUCAGCAUGGUGGGUGAGGAGAAAAAUGACAUCUUGUUUUACACUAGGUUGAUCUCGGGAAAAAUAUACUUUGGAUACUUUGUAGAGAACUGAAGCUGAAACAACUAAUUGAUAAAAUGCAAUGCAACAGCAAAAUCCAUCCAUCCAUCCAUCCUUCCAUCCAUCCAUCCAUCAGGAGAAGAAAUGAGAAGGAACAGUUGAGCAUAUGAUUUCAACAAGCAACCACAGCCAUAGGCAGUUUCACUAUAAGACAGACUGUCACUAUGGUGCCUCUACUCCAACUCUUUCUUCUAGUGCCUCUAAUUAAGCCAAUCACAAAUCAUGUCCAUGGAAUCUCUCUUUCUUCUCCAACCACUCAUUCAAAUCACAGCCUGUUUUCUCACACUUACAUGUUUGUCAGAAAAACUGAUCACAGAUUGGCAGCCAAUGCUGCGUUAGAAACUGUGAGACCAUUUCUCCAUGGCUUCUAUCAGAAAAGUGUCAUUAAAUCAAGUGGAGAUUCAAACGAAUGGACAGAAAGCAGAAAUACUGAGGACACAUUGUCAGAAAAUACAUCACAUACUGACAUAACUGGGUCAAGAGGUAUAUUUUUAUUAUCACCCAAAAACAGAUUCAAAAGAGGUCCUACCCAAAAUGCCAGAAUACCACAAGAUGCUGCUGGAAAAGAAAAGGAGACUGCUGAUGAGACAGAGUCAAUGACAGAAGAACCAGUUGCUGAAUUCGAAGAGAAAGACUUGUCAACAGUUAGGUCAGGAGAUAUGUUAAUACCCAGAGAAAUGGGCUUCGUUGGAUCAUCAACAGAGGCAAUAUCAUCUCUUGAUAAAAAGCAUACCCAGUACAGACCGCAAGUUCAGACUGCUUAUAGUGUGCUGGCUAGUUUGGCCACAGUACAGACAAAUCCAACAAUCAACCCUUCACUCGGGAAGGGUUCUACAACUUCACCACCUAUUGAAAAGCCUGUAUCCACUUCCAGGAGCAUUAGCCAACUGGACGCCAACAGGACUGAACUGGAAAUAGGUAGGUUUGGGAUAACCACUCCAGCUAAAAUUCAGCCAAGGCAGUUUACCACUUUACAGUCACAUACUGAAGCCACCUCUCUUAGCACAAGCACAACCAAUCUACAACUAGAGGCACCAUCACUGGGAGUGGACAUCAUUACUUCCAACUAUUCACAACCAAAAAGCACUUCACACUCAACAAAAUCAGCAAAAAUACCCAAUGACCAGUCGAAAGAGCCAGGAACAAAAGGAACAGUGACCGAUAUAAAGAACACUAAAGACAUACCCACUUUUCUAAGGACUGCCUCCCCUCAUCCGACUGGACAUGGACAUUUUCUAUUCUCAGAAAAUGAUGGAAGAUUUACAGAGAAGGACCAGUCAGUCUCACAGGGAAUAGUCCCAUCUCUGAAGUCAAACCCUGCCUCUCCAACCUAUGCCCUACCCAAGGACCCCUGUGCUUCUGGUGUGGGUCCCUGUGUUUUUUCCAAAGAUCAAAACAACGAUGAUAAAUAUGGCACAACAAAUGGGAGCUUUUUAGUGUGGGCAGACUUAAAACGCACACUUUCAUUUGCAUGGGAACUGCAUGUAUUUGGUUCUGCUGCGCUUUUCCUUCUGCUGACUGCUGGCUCAGCCCUCGGUUUAGCAUUAUCUCCCAGCUUGAACUGCCCUCACCGUGGUGAACUGAUACUCACCAAUAGCCUCUUGCUAGUUGCAGGUGCAGUUAGAGCAGGCCACUUCUUGCUCGACCCAUAUGGGACUCGGCUCCUCCUGCCACCUCCUGUCAUAAUAGCUUUAUACACUCUGCCGUUACCGCUGUUAAUUCUGGCACAGGCUGCAUUAGUGAUACUGGUACUAAAAGAGACAGGGGUAACCUGGCUUCCACCAACACUUCAGCGUCCCCCUCUUUUAGGAGUGUUAGCUGUUUUCCAAUGCACUCUCCUACUUGCUGCAGACUUACUUUCCCCUGCGCUUUCGCCUGCUGUUCCCAUUGUCCUCCAGAGCCUCACGCUGACUGCAGGCCUCGUACUGUGUUUAGGCUACCUUUUCUUGGUACUGCCACGCUUCUCUCACACACAUGCAGCUCGGGCAGGGAAUAAGGGUACGGGUGAAGGAAAGGUGCGGGUUUUAGCACGGGUACUGGCAGUGUGUGCUCUUCUUGGGGCGCUGUGCUGUCUGUUGCACAUUUAUGCCUGCUUGUGGCUGUAUGGACUUCUAGGAGACUGGAGGCGCUUUCGUUGGGCAUGGUGGCUCUGUCAGUUCUGGGUACGACUUUUGGAGCUUGCCUGGGCUUUCUGCCUUCUUCUGAUGUCUUCCUGGGUCUUCUGGAGACCCAAUGGAGGAGCACCAAGACAGGAAGGAGCUGCCACAGCAAGCUUGGCCUCACCCUCCCAAUCAUCAGACUCUACCAGCAGACAUACUUGCUGGGCGAAGAUUGUGCAGAGCCUCAAGGUAAGGCAACAAAGGAAAUCCGAAAGCAAUGGGAUUGGAGGGUCAAAUAGUGGUGCAGGGGCCGGAGAGUUGCCCAAUAACUGGGCAGGACAGGAGCGAUCAGGGGCAGACAUUAGCAAGAGCCUCAUACAAAAUCGUGAUCCACUCAAAGACAGCAAUCAUUUGCGCAAUCUGAAAGGCUCUGCAGGUUCAUUGCUAAGGCUGCAGGCACUUGCUCAGCCACCUCAGCGCGCUUUAAGCAGCAGUUUGGACAGGGACAAGGAGUCAGCCAUAUCCCUCUGUGAUUUUGACCUGCGCCCACCAACCCCAAUUGACCUCAGCCGCAGUAUUGAUGAGGCACUUCAUCGUGAGCAUCUAUUAUGGGGUGAAAGUUUGUUCCAGCCACUGCGACCGCCAUCACCUCCUCCGUCUCCGGACCUGUGGAUGCGACGGAAUAGUGACCCCCAAAUCACGCUGUCACUGAGCAGUGAUGAACACACAUUGCUCACAGAGUCCUCCGCAGGUCUGGAUCGCUCCAUUCCUAGUGCUGUGCCCAGCCGACAAGUCACAGCGCCCCCCACACCCACUCAUCAGGGCUUCCGUUGGGUCUCUGAGGCACAAGUGCCUUCCUCUUUGUCCUGCCCGGUCUCACUGCACCCUUCCCCAAGCACAAGCCGUGACCUCGUGCCCAGUGCAGAAAACACAAGGCCGUUUCUAACCCCUGACCAUGACAGUUCACUAUCAAAUACCAGAGGGGGGCAAAGUUACUUGAAAGUCGCUCGAAAUGAUGACUCAGCCAGUGUCAUCAGUGACAUUAUUGACCUUUGAACAUGUUAUGACGCACAGCAACUCCAGAUUACAACACAUUCACAUUCUCUAAAAAGUAGAGAUUAUACAUUUAAUCCUGACUUGCAGUUUAAUUGCUGUAUAAUGGCACUUAAAGGGGAGGAGGAACAUACUGUUAAGUGGCUUCAUCAGAUUUUAUUAAAUGGACUGAAAUGUUAAGUGCAGUAAGCACUGGAAAUAUAAGUUUUUCCUUUAAAAGUCUUGUUUACAGUAAUGCACAUACUAUAGAAGUCUAUGGGGCAAAGCAUACCAGAGGCAGAAAUCUGCAGCUUGUAUUCGCUAUUAUUAAUGUUUUCGUACAAAAUGUGUGUUAUUUGAUCUGUAAACUUGUCGUUUUAGUGGUGGGAUCACUAUUUUAGGCAAAAUAACCUCUAGAUGUGAAUUAACUUAUUUUCUGUUGGUGUAGUUGCUCUACGUAAAAUACUUUGGCAAAAAGUUAGUAGUCUCCUGUUGUCACAUGUUAUAUUUAAGUUUUGUGGCUGUACUUUGCAGUAGUGUGCGUAUUUUUAUGUUUAUUCUGGUGCAGUGCCUUGUCCCAUAGAGCAACCUAAGUGCUACCUUAGCAUGCAUUGUGAGAGCUGUGUCUGGACAGUGUUUUUUCCCCCUGUUGCACUGCAUUUGAACAGAAAUUAUACUGGAUGUGCCAGAACAUGUUGACUUUCUGGCCCAUUCUUUGUACUUCCAGUUUAUUACUGCAAUGCAGCAUACCUAAAACAUACUAUUCUCACAACUGGAGUUAUGUUUAGUAAAAUAAUUUUGAUAUAAAUGACUUGUCAGCAAAGCAGACCAGAAUUUGGUGGUUGGUAUAUUCAGCGGUUUAGUCAAAAUUUCAACACAGCUGGAUGCUCAACUCAUAACUACUUUAUUCGAUACAGAAGAACUCUUAUGUGAGCAAUAAAUUAUAAAAAGCCGUGAGUAUAACAAACAGAUUAUGUAUAUACUAUGUUUUUGUUUGUAAAUGAUGUAUUCUGAUUACAUUUAAUGCAUUUACUGUGAAUGACAAUCUUUCCUACUGCAAACAUAUACUGAUCCUGGCAGAGUAAGGACUAAAGAUACACUAGAUUUCUCCAGGCAUAUCUGUCUGUAGGACAAUAAAACAGGUACACAUCUUGAGAAAUGUUAAUGUGCACCAUUUAAGUGUGACAUGAAAGGAACAUGAUUCUAUGCUUUGUACAUUUUCUUGUUGUUUAGUUGAAAAGUUUUGUUCUUCUCCCUUUCAUUUUUAAAAUGGCAAGGAACGGUUUUAAUAUUACUUUUAUAUUUGCAAAUAAACAGGAUGUUGUAUAUAGAGAUUCCAGUCAGAGGUUGAUGAAUUCUUACUGAAUUUUUCCCCUGAAUUUUUUACUUUUAUUUAUUUAGUCCCAAUGCAUUUUUGUGUGGUCAAGUUAGCUUUUGAAUAAAACAAAUGAAAGAGCUGUCACCAACAUACUGUACUGAAUAUGAUAAGUAACUUUUUGAUGGGACAGUUUACACACUGUUAUUUUAAUUAUAUUUCAUGAAACUUUAAUAAUCUAAAUAAGCACCACUGUCUUUGUGAAAGAGU